AUGGUGUUUGCGGCAACCUCCAGAGGUGCGAUCGAAGCUGAGCAACGUUCGUUUGUCGCAGGUGAGACCCUAAACGGGCAGCGCCUGAUCGAGUUCCGACUCGGGCAGGAGGGCGAGUCGGAGCAGGGCGAGGGGCUGGCGGUGGCGUCGGCGGAGCUGAUGGUGCGCGCGGAGACGUCGCCGCGCGCGCGCCGCCUGCGCUACACGCUGUGGGCCUUCACGGUGGACGGCAACGCCACGGUGGGCGAGCUGGCGGGCAGCACGCGGCGGGACCCGGCGCGCGGCUGGCAGCGCCUGGACGUGACGGCGGCGGCGCGGCGCUGGGCCGGCGGCGGCGCGCGCGGCCCGCUGCGGCUGCUGCUGGACUGCAGCGGCUGCCGCGGCCGCGUGCGCCUGCGGCUGGGCGGCGGGCAGGCGGCGCGGCCGCUGCUGCGCCUGCGCCUGGCCCCGCCGCCGGCGCGCCGCCGCCGCGCGCUCAACUGCGACGCCACCACGCGCGGCCGCUGCUGCCGCGAGACAUUCUACGUGAGCUUCCGCGACCUCGGCUGGGACGACUGGAUCGUCGCGCCGGAGGGCUACUACGCGAACUACUGCCGCGGCGCCUGCGGCCCGUUCCUCAACUACCACUCGCAGGUGGUGGAGGCGGCGCGGCUGGAGCGGGCCGCGUGCUGCGCGCCGGUGCGCUUCUCCGCGCUGUCGCUGAUCUACUUCGGCGCCGACUCCAACAUCAUCAAGCGCGACCUGCCCGAGAUGGUGGUGGAGGAGUGCGACUGCCCGUAGCGGCGCCCCUGUACAUAGCCUCGCUCCGCCCGCGUCGAUCCGCUCUCACGCCGCACCGCCGCGGCACGCUUCUGCCGCUCUCGAAUCCGAUUUAAUCCGAAUCGAUUAUAAAUAAUAUUCUCGACUUGUGUAAUAUUUUGUUCC